ACACCCUGUCAACCUGAUUACUGACCCCAGUGGUCCUGUUCCAACCCUAACCGCUUGUGCCCACUAACCCACAUUGCUUCUGAAUUGACAGUGCAGCGAAAGUUGAGUGUCUGCAGGAUCUGUAAAUCGCUGCACCCUCUGCUGUUUCAUUUGUUUAUUGUGUUGUUUGGUGAGGGAAAAUGUCUGCCGCCUCUGACGCAGGUGCAGGGAACGUGGAAGUGGUGGUUAAGGCUGAAGAACAGCCUUCAGCCUCAACUCCUCCUCCCCCUCCCCUGACCCCUGCGCAGCGACGAAAGACAGAGAUUGAGGCCAAGCUGCGAGAGCAACAGGCGCUGCUCGCAGAAGCUGAGAGACAGGAGGCAUCAGAAUUGGAAGCUGCAACAGAUGCAUCUCGCAAGGAGCACCUGCUGCAGCAGGCUGAGAAAACUGUUGCUGAUGCGAGAGUGGCCCAGUGCACCCGAGACCUGGCUGAGCUGAUAUUAUUGCAAGACAAGCUUACAACCAGCCAUUUCACAAACUGGGACGAAAGGAUCCAGAGGUUGGAGACCAGAGUGGCUGAUCUGGGAACUCAGCAGUCUAAGAUCCUGGAUUCAAUCCAGAAUCUGACUGCUCAGUUAACAGCAGCCAACCUGAUCUCUCCCCUGGUCCCUGUGGUCCCCUCUCCUAAACCCCCAAAGCCUUCUCAGCCCUCCUCUCCACCUCCUUCCUCUCCUCACUCUUCUCGCAAGUCUUCUCCCUCUGUCUCCUCCCAGGCCAAAGCCACACCUCCUCCCACCUUUGCUGCUGUUGUUGCUGGGGACCACAGAGGUCCCAAGAUUCCUGCCCCCAGCAAAUUCAAGGGGGAUGACCCCAAGAUUGAUGUGGGGGACUGGACAGCUGGAACCCGGGCCUAUCUGAAGGGGUUCCAGUGUCCAGAGCAGCAAAAGGUAGCCACCGUUGUGGGGCUGCUGGAGGGGCCUGCCCAGAAAUGGGCUACCUCUACAGCAAGCGCCCAAAAUCAGACUUUGGAGGAUUGGGCCUUGACACUGGGGGCUGACAAACUUUUGCAGGCCCUGGAAGAUCGGUUUGCAGACAAAGAAAGAGUCCACAAAGUUGCUGAUAAGAUAGUACGCCUGGGCCAGCAGUGUUACAGCGGCAGUCUGCAGGCCUUAUUUGCUGAAUUUGAGCAACUGACUUCCACCCCUGGUUUGGUUAUGUCUGCAGAUGAUCUGUUGACUAACUUUUGCAGGGCUGUGCCUGAAAAGUUCUGUGUUGCUGUGUACAACGCCGGUCACAAAGAUUGGAGAUCAUUUGGACGUGCAGCACUGGACAUGGAAGCUAAGCUUCAUGUCCAGGCCCCCUCCAGUGACAGGAGGAGAGGCGCCUUCCCUCGCGGUGGUAGAAAGGGAAAGGCGGCCUUUGCAUAUGCGGGGUCUGGGUCAGCCUCUGACACAGGUUCCCAGCCUGUUCCCUCCAGUGCUGCAACUGCAUCUGCAUCUGCAGCAGCUUCAUUUGAGACUUCUUCCUUCCCAUCCAGAGUGGGAGUUGCGUGGGCAGCAUCCUUUAUCUAUGAGGAUCCUGACCCGGAUCAGGAACCGGACCAGUCUGAGUGUCAGGCUCUUGCUGCUUUUUUCUUUCAUCUGAAAGAACAAAAGCAGAACAAGUCUGAUCUCAUCCUGCUUCGGCCCCUUAUCAACCAUCGCAGGAUCAAGGGGCUAUUAGACUGUGGAGCAACUCGCAACUUCAUGUCUCCCAGUGCAGUCCAAAAACUGCAUCUGGGCAUGAAAGUGGUGCAGCUGCAGCAACCGCUGCAGGUCCGCAUAGGGGACUUCACUGUUCUAACCAUCAGGGAGAAGGUCAGGGGCAUCCCUGUUACCUUCGACAGUGCGGGAGAAGUCAGACACAGUCUGAACUUCUACAUCUUCCCUGACCUACCCUUUGACCUUGUGUUCUCUAUGCAGUGGCUGAGAGCAGUCAACCCAAGGAUCGACUGGCAGAUCCCCAAGGUUGAACUGCCAAACAGCAAGGGGGUGUAUCAGCCUUGCAUGAUUACAGCUGAUCAUCACCCUCAGACUUCCUGCUUCUGCUUGAGAGCGAGAGAGUUUUACGCUCUCUCUCGCCAGUAUGAUCACGAGCGUCUGUUCAUCGCUCUGGUCAAGCAGACAGACGCUCCCUCUACUCCUUGUCCUCCUGAGAUACAGCAGGUUGUGGACCAGUAUGCUGAUUUGAUGCAGGAGCCCUUUGGGUUACCCAACCGGCCAACCAAGCAUCGUAUUGAGCUACUGCCUGGGGCGGUCCCUCCCAAGGGCCGCAUCUACAAGAUGUCACCUGCUGAGCUUGAGGAGCUCAGGCGACAGAUUGAGACCCUGACCAGCAAGGGUUGGAUCAGGCCCAACACUUUUGAAUUCGGGGCUCCAGUCCUCUUUGUUCCAAAGGCGAUUGGUGAGUUCAGAAUGUGCAUAGACUACAGGGGUCUCAACAAGAUCACUAGGAAGAGCACAGAGCCACUUCCUAGGAUCGAUGACCUUUUGGAUAUGGUCCAAGGUUGCACCAUCUUCAGCAAAGUCGACCUCAAGUCUGGCUAUCACCAGAUUGAGAUGGCAAAGGGGGACGUCCACGAGACGGCCUUCAAACCCAAGUAUGGUACUUAUGAGUACCUGGUGAUGCCAUUUGGACUUUGCAAUGCACCUGGUACAUUCCAGACUGAGAUGCACCGCAUAUUCAGGCCGAACCUGGAUAAGUUUAUGGUUGUCUACCUGGAUGAUAUUCUGGUAUUCAGCAAAACUACCAGGGAACAUGCGGAGCACCUGGCUCUAGUUCUUCAGUCAUUACGUGACAGCCAGUUUAAGAUCAACAGGGAGAAAUCCUCCUUUAGAGUUCCCUCUGUUAUCUAUCUGGGUCAUGUGAUCUCUGGAGAUGGGUUGGCCCCUGAAGCAGCCAAAGUUGCUGCUAUUCAGGAUUGGCCACAACCCCAGACAGUGAGAGAUGUCCGGUCAUUCUUGGGUCUGGCCUCCUACUAUAGAAAGUUCGUCAGGAACUUUUCUGCAGUGGCUGCACCCCUGACUAACCUUACAAAGAAAAACACUCCCUUUCUUUGGUCCCUCCACUGUCAGAUGGCCUUUGCACGACUCAAACAGGCCUUGACUCGUGCACCUGUUCUAAAGUUGCCUGACCCCACUCUGCCAUUUGUUCUCACUACUGACGCCAGUCAGUAUGGCAUUGGGGCAGUCCUUCAGCAGGAUGAUGGUAAUGGUCUGAGACCUGUAGAGUUUAUGAGCAAGAAGAUCAAAACUCAGAAGCUUCAGGACUCCACCUACGAGAAAGAGCUUUAUGCUCUGGUCAGUGCCCUGAAACAUUGGAAGCACUUUCUCCUGAGCAGGCACUUCAAGAUCUUUUAUGAUCAUUCCACCCUACAGUGGUUGAAGUCCCAGGGGGAGUUGAAUGACAAGUUGGCACAUUACAUUCAGUUCAUUGAUCUGUUUGACUUUGAACUGAAGCACAAGAAGGGCUGCUACAACAAGGUAGCAGACGCCCUCUCUCGUAGGCCUAACUCCUUUGCUUUGAUCUCCUCUACUCACUCCUUUGGAGAGGAGGUCCGUCAGACCAUUGCUCGAUUACUGCCUCAGGAUCCGACUUAUGGACCCAUCGUCAGGAAUCUGCAAGCAAAUCCUAAUUUUGAACCUGGCUAUGCCAUAAGUUCAGAUCUGCUGUACACCUACAGCAGAGGAGAGGAGCGUUUGUGCAUCCCUGAGGAUCAGCAGCUGAGGACACUGCCGAUGUCAGAGUGCCACAAUGCGCGUGGACACUUUGCAGCCCUGUCGCAGCGCUUCUUCGGGAAGGAGAUGCGGAGUGAUAUACUGCACUAUGUGGAUACAUGUGAGCUCUGCCGAAGGAACAAGGUUCAGCGUAAACCUCCUUUGGGACUGCUCAAACCUCUGCCCAUACCUGAUGGUCCUGCACAGUCUGUCUCUAUUGAUUUCACAGACUUAGGCAAGACCACCCCUCGUGGCAUGCGUCAGGUUAUGGUCUGCGUGGACAGGUUUUCCAAAUACGCAGAGUUCAUCCCCUUGCCAGAGGUAGCCAGAAUACCCGCUGUGAGAGCAGCCUUCUCUGAGAGGUGGGUCACUCACCAUGGACCGCCCACUUCUAUUGUUAGUGACAGAGACCCCAGAUUCUACAGCGAUGAGUGGCAGUCCUAUUGCAAGGACUAUUUGCACUCACGCCUGGACAUGACCUUUGGUCGUCAUCCUGAAGCCAAUGGAUUGGCUGAAGUGAUGAACCAAGUCCUAUUCCAGCUGCUACGUCCUGUGAUCUCCCCAGAUCAACAGGACUGGGAUCUCCACUUGGCGAGGGCACAACUCAUGUAUAACAUGUCUGUCUGCUCCUCGACAGGGUUCAGUCCCUACCGGUUACAUUGGGGACGUGAACCACGCCAGCCUCUCGAUGACAUCAUCGAUAAGGCUAAGCCUGACCUUACCCCAGGCACUGCAGAGUUCGCCAGACGCUAUCGUCUGGAUGUGGAAAGAGCCCGGGGGAACUUGUUCAAGGCCCAAAAGGCCAUGAUUGAACAAGCCAACCGCCACAGGCAGCCUUCCCCCAUCCGCACUGGUGACUAUGUCUAGGUGGCCAGUUCUGAAUUGUCGAGGGAGGAGGAUAUUUCUCCCAAGCUGUUGCCRC